AUUCCCCGCCUUUUGAUUUUCAUAAAGUCUUUCGACCGGACCCGUCUCGUUUUGGUUUUAUUCUUAAAGACAUAAAAUGCAGCCUUCGUCGAUUUUGCGUGCAGGACACAAACCCUUGAUCCGCUUCAUUGGUCCCAGAAAAGCUUUGUGGAAAGAUGCACCUCAUCAUUCCGGUCCUCACAUCUUGACGCCUGCUAAUCUCGAAAAACACGUCCCCAAACCCUCAGCGGCUGCACCUUCAUCCAGCGCCUCGUCUUCUUCUUCAUCGGCUAUUGAAUUCGGUCAGCUUCCUUCCAGAUAUCGUCGCGCCGUUCUCAGCGAAGCAGAAAUGGAAGCAAUUGAGAGCGGAGGUGCCACAUCUAUCAUCUAGAGAUAUCUCGAGCUACUUUAAGAACAUAUAGCAUGCUGGUCAUCCCACCAAUCUCCACUUGAAAAAAAAAACCCCCAAGGAUCCUACGGCCUUGCCAUUUCACAAGUGUAAUAAUUUCAAGGUUUACUUUGUGUAUUUAAAUAAAGAGAAAAAAACAACCAAAGUUGCAACG